GGGUGGAGGGUAAUGCUGCUGGGAAUCAGCCCCCUCAGACUUUCCACUGCGAAGCGAAACUGUGAGCCCUGGGGUUUGUGGGGGGGCGACGGGGAGGGGAAGUGGGGAAGGUGGAGGGAAGGCAGAAGGACAGGGGCAGGGCCCUGGGAGCAGCACAACAGCCUCCCAGCUCAAGACAGCCACCUUGCCUCCACUCUGCUCUCUGUCACUGCCCUGCCCCAGUCCCUGGAACUCGCACCAGCCCCCCUCCCGCUGCCUGAUCUGGCCAACUUUCCUCUGGAUUCCAGCCUCUGGUCAUUGGUCCCUGCCCUCUCUCUCCAGGCCUCCUUCCCUGUCCCUGUCCCCGUCCCUCUCCCUCUACAUUCCCUUCCUCCCCCUCCCUCUUUGCAGAACCUCUCUUUUGUCCAUCCUGUCCCAACCCCUUUCUGACCUCUUCCCUUUGGAGGGCUCAGCGUGGCCCAGGCCUAAGGGGAGAUGUGGGAGCCUCAGUUCCUGGUCUCGCUGCUUCUGCAACUGCUGUGGGCGGCUCCAGUGGAGGCUCCAGAGCCUGGGACAGAGGUGCCGGUGGUGUGGGCCCAGGAGGGGGCUCCUGCCCAGCUCCCCUGCAGCCCCACAAUCCCCCUCCAGGAUCUCAGCCUUCUGCGAACAGGAGCAGUCACUUGGCAGCAUCUGCCAGACAGGGUCCCGCCUGGUCCCGCCCCCGGCCGCCCCUCGGCCCUCGGCCUUCGCCCUUCGGCGCCUUCCCCGCGGGGGCCAGGGCCCCGCGGCUACACGGUGCUGAGGCUGACUCCCGGCGGCCUGCUCAGCGGGCGGCUGCCCCUGUCAUCCCACGUGCAGCUGCCCGAGCGCGGCCUCCAGCGCGGGGACUUCUCGCUGUGGCUGCGCCCGGCCCGCCGCGCCGACGCCGGCGAGUACCGCGCCACCGUGCGCCUCCGGGACCGCGUCCUCGCCUGCCGCCUCCAUCUGCGCGUGGGCCAGGCCUCCAUGACUGCCAGCCCCCCAGGGCCUCUCAGGACCUUGGAUUGGGUCAUUUUGAACUGCUCCUUCAGCCGUCCUGACCUCCCAGCCUCUGUGCACUGGUUCCGGGGGCCGGGCAGAGUCCCUGUGCAGGAGUCCCCCCAUCACCACUUCGCCGGAAGCUUCCUCUUCCUGCCCCAAGUCAGCCCCUUGGACUCUGGGUCCUGGGGCUGCAUCCUCACUUACAGAGACGGCUUCAAUGUCUCCAUCACGUACAUCCUCACUGUUCUGGGUCUGGAGCCCUCAGUCCCUCUGACAGUGUACGCUGCAGCAGGCUCCAGGGUGGAGCUGCCCUGCCACCUGCCUCCUGGUGUGGGGACCCAGUCUUCCCUCACUGCCAAGUGGGCCCCUCCUGGAGGAGGCCCUGACCUCCUGGUAGCUGGAGACAAUGGCAACUUUACUCUUCGACUAGAGGCUGUGAGCCGGGCCCAGGCUGGGACCUACACCUGCCGCAUCCAUCUGCAGGGGCAGCAGCUCAGUGCCAUUGUCACUCUGGCAGUCAUCACAGUGACUCCCAAGUCUUUGGGGUUACCUGGCAACCUGAGAAAACUGCUCUGUGAGGUGACUCCGGCAUCCGGACGUGAGCGCUUCGUGUGGAGCCCCCUGAAUGAGCAGUCUUGGAGGAGUUCCCCAGGACCCUGGCUGCAGAUAUCGGAGGCCAGACUCCUCUCCCAGCCCUGGCAGUGCCAUCUGUACCAGGGGGAGAGGCUUCUCGGAACAGCGGUAUACUUCACUGAGCUGUCUGGCCCAGGUGCCCAGCGCUCUGGGGGAGCCCCAGGUGCCCUGAAAACAGGCCUUCUCCCUCUCUUCCUCAUCCUUGGUAUCCUCUUUCUGCUCUUCUUGGUAACUGGAGCCUUUGGCUUUCACCUUCGGAGAAGACAGUGGCGAGCAAGAAGAUUCUCUGCCUUAGAGCAUGGGAUUCACCCACCUCAGGCUCAGAGCAAGAUAGAGGAGCUGGAGCCAGAGGCAGAGCUGGAGACAGAGCCGGAGCUGGAGCCGGAGCAGGAGCCGGAGCCGGAGCCGGAGCAGGAGCCGGAGCCAGAGCCGGAGCUGGAGCAGCCCUGAGCUGGAGCUGAGGCAGCCAGCUAAUCUCCGCAGCUCAGUCCAAAUAAAGUCCCUGUCAGCAGCAAGCC